UCAUUAGAAUUAAAAAAGAGUGGGGUUUUUUUUGGUGGUGGUGGUGUUGCAGUAGGCGUGUAGAAAUGUCAAUACUGUAACUAAUGCUGAGGCAUGACAAAGGUUUUAGGAAGUUAUUUUAAAUUAUUUUCUGUUAUAAACGUCAAAGUUUUCUGAUGCAUAUGCAUGAGGAAAUAUGGUUUUGCCAUGCCUACACAGGGUUGAGCAGAAAAUAGAUACAAUUUGGUGUCACCGUAAGAAUAGGGACACUUUUGUGUCUGUCAUUGCAGAGACAGUUGUCGCUCCAAGAACUGGCUUCUGAAGCUGAUGAAAAGGGGUCAGAGCUGAACUGGAGAUGGAGAUUGGACUGGACUGGACUAGACAUGACAGGACAAGAGCUCAAAUGAAUGUGGGAGAAGAGACAGUCUUGUAUGGGCAUUUACAUAAGCGUCCUGCAUUUUGCAUGGCAUCUGAUGCGGUUUGUGGGCGAAUAUCUGAACCUUUCACAAUAUUGCUCUGUCUUUUUAAGUGAGAGUGUCAAACAUCUACAUUUGUUGAACAGUAUACAGGGCAGUUCUCUGCUGCAUGAGGUACAGAUGCUGCCUUUGAUGGUCUUGAUCCAUGGAGUAGUGCUAGAAUAGCUUAGUGGGAGAUGGAAUAUUUGUUGUAUAUGUGUUUGAAAAAUUAAUCUUUAUGUGCAUAGCACAUGGUGGCAAAAUGAGGACAUUUUAAAACACCGUGCUUUCUUAGGUCUGGCAAAACCCAAUGAAACCGAAAUGAGUCCAGGUUUACUUAAUAGGGUCAGCACAAUGACUUGUAUAACGAGGGAUAUUUGCAAAAAAUCUUUGUAGCCUAUUGUCAUGAAAAAACCCUUACUGCUGGUUGCUUAUGUUUAAAUGAAGAAAUACAGGUGGCUGUAUUACGCAUUUUAGAAAACAUACUUCAAAAGACAGACUCUGCAAAAGCAUUGCAAAGUCAAGCUCUCCAAAGUCAGGGAAUUUCAAAACACAGGUUUUGCAAAAAAAAAGUUUUCCCCUUCAGCAUUGCUCCUUUUCUUUUCCUACACCUUGAGCUCCUUUUCCUUUUUACGUGAAACCGGCUGCUUCCCACUCCCCCGUCAUCCUGGGCACUGCUCUUGAGGUUACAGGUGUGCAAAUUUUCCAGCAACUGACUGCUUUUUUCAGACGAGGGGAGGACCGGAGAGGAAAGUGGUGUGUAGUUCUGAGGUGCCUCAGAGUCUGUGGCUGAAGAAAGCUGACAGGCUGCGUGUGAGCGGUGGAUGAGUGUUGGAGAUGUCUUGGCCAAGAUGAGUCAUUUCAUGGCAGCAGCAAAAUGUUCAGGACAACUUCCCCACUUCCUUGAGAAAUUUCAAGUACUGGCUCUGAAAGAUAGAGGGAGCUAGGACAGAGUGUGUUUUCCCCAAACUCACUUCCUGAGAACAAUAACCUAAAAAGAAAUCAGUCUUAGCUGCCAAGCAAAAUGAUGCUCUGAGAAAGAAGAGGUGGGUCUAUGGCAAAGGGUAUUUUUUAACCUUGGCAAAGUGUUAAUUUCAGAGGUUGUGAGUGGCACAUUGGAGGCAGGUAAGAGGCUGUCACAGUUUUUUGCCAAUACAGAGGGAGGGUUUUUUUUUUUCUUUUUUUCCUCCUUAAUAAGAAAGUUGUCUUACAAGAUAGGAAGUGUGCAUGUGUUAAAAAAGAAAAAAGACACUACCACUUCACUGUUGCUAAAAGACCUUUUUCUCCUUCUCAAGAGUAAUCAUUUGUGUAGGAUAUGUACUGCUGUAGGAUCUGUACUGCUUAUUGCUCUUCAAAAUGCUCAGCAUUUGACUGGUAAAGUCAUAAGGACAAAAGAUAUUGUUAGAGGUUUUUCUGUCUUUCUGAUUUGUACAUGUUUUCCCCAAUAUUUUCCUGCAGGGAUUUAUUUUUUUUUUUUUAGCAAAGGAACAGCUCUUCAGGUUGUAGUUAACCACAAGAAUUAGGGUUGAAAGUCCAUGGUUUAAAUUAUUCCUGAAUUUAAAGUCAUCAUUUCCAGUGGAUUUUACUGUGUGUUUGUAAUCAUAAAUGGAUGACUUAAAAAUACUUCACUAUUUUUAAAAGGCUUGAAGCGUGUCUUCUAUGCAUGUGUGUUAAAAUUAAAUUGGUGUACUGUUAGUGUAUUUUUACUGUUGUAACAGGAAAAGCAUUCUGCCUUUUUUUUAAAAUGAGCAAUCAUAUGUAUAAUCAACUUGGUUAAAACUUCCUUCCUGGUAAGUGCAGCACUUCCUUUGCAUCUGGAUAUGGGGGCGAGCAAGAAAAGCAGAACGGCUUAUACAAAGAAAUUUUUUGUGUGAAUGAUCUUCCUUUAAAAAAAUAGGAACUUCAGAAAUUAAACAAAUGAAUCCUCUUCAGCAAUUCAGCCUUUGUUUUAUAAGCAGGUAAUAUUUCCUUGUGCUUUGUCAGUUACAGAAGUGGUGUGUCCACUGUUGUCGCUUUCCGGAACUUGAAAAAAGAACUGUAGUUAGCAUGCCAUGUUGUUUCAGUUUAACCUUUUAUAUUUUUAUCUUCUUGGUUUGUUAUCUGUUAAGGCAUUGUUACAUUGGUUUUAGUUUUCCCAGCAGUUACGAGAAAGAUUUUAUGUGUAAAAAGCAUUGUCUGGAAAAGAAGUUCAGGAUGUUGCUGUAACUUCGCUUGUGUGAGCACGCUCAGUCAGCGCUGCCUUCCUUUCCAAGCUCUCAGUGAAUAAUUUCCACUUUAAGAUUGUUCAAUGGAGAUUAACUGUGAGCAAGAAUAUUUUUUGUUCACUGGAAGCUGAUAAGAUUUCUUCUGGCAUGGAGUUGGGAGAUUAUGAACAGCCCGUUGUUAUGAGAGAGGAAAACAAACGAAGGAGAAGAAGAAUGAAACCUCAUUGUACCUCAAGUAAUUUGUCAUCAAUGGAACUGAUAUCCAUUGAGUUCAUUUUACCUACAAGCAAUAAACAUACUAAAGCACCGGAAAUGAUGUUACUUGAAAUAGCUGGCAACUGUACGGUUGAGCAAAUGAAAGCACAGAUUUGGAUGCGUGCAAUAGAGAUGAGUCAAACCACAGACUUCUACCACACAUUCACCCCAGAUCAAUUUAUUCUGCAGUAUCAGAAGAAAGGGCAGUGGUAUGAAAUUUAUGAUAAACAUCAAGUAUUACAGACAUUGGACUGCAUACUGUACUGGAAAGUGUUACAGAAAAAGGUAGGCAAGAUCUAUGUUGUUCAGAAACAAAAACCGUCAGAAGAAGUUCAGGAAUUUCAGCGGCAACUUAACGAUUUAAUUGGUUAUGAUGUCACUGAUGUAAGCAACGUGCAUGAUGAUGAACUAGAAUUUACCCGUCGUAGAUUAGUCACUCCACGAAUGAUAGAGGUAGCCUGUAGAGAUCCUAAAUUGUAUGCAAUGCAUCCAUGGACUACAUCUAAGCCACUCCCAGAAUAUUUAUUUAAAAAGAUCACUAAUAAUAACAUUUUCAUAAUCAUACAUAGAGGAACAACUAGCCAAAAAAUUAAAGUGUCAAUAGAUGACACUCCAGACAUGAUUCUUCACAGCUUUUUCACAAAAAUGGCAAAGAAAAAGUCUUUGAUGGACAUUCCUGAAGAUCACAGCGAACUGGAUUUUGUUCUCAGGAUUUGUGGCAGAGAUGAGUACAUUACUGGAGAGACACCAAUCAAAGAUUUUCACUGGAUAAGACAGUGCCUUAAGAAUGGGGAAGAAAUCCACCUUGUGUUAGACAAUCCCCCUGACCCAAGUGAGGAUGAGGUUCAGAAGGAAGAGUGGCCCUUGGUGGAUGACUGUACAGGAGUUACAGGGUAUCAUGAACAAUUGACAAUAGAUGGAAAAGAUCAUGAGAGAGUCUUCACUAUCUCUUUGUGGGAUUGCAAUAGGAAAUUUAGGGUGAAAAUAAUUGGCAUUGAUAUCCCAGUUUUACCGAGAAAUACUGAUCUUACCGUGUUUGUGGAGGCUAACAUUCAACACGGGCAGCAGCUCCUUUCACAGAGGAGGACUUCAUCGAAGCCUUUUACUGAAGAGGUUCUGUGGAAUAUUUGGUUGGAGUUUGAUAUCAAAAUCAAGGAUUUGCCUAAAGGAGCACUCCUGAAUCUUCAGAUAUACUGCGGCAAAGCACAGGGACUGUCCACAAAGACAAACCUUCAGUCACAUGAAUCCCCCAGCUCUGAUUCAAAAUGCAAAACUCAGCUUCUCUAUUAUGUAAAUCUUUUGUUGAUAGAUCACCGUUUCUUGCUACGAAGUGGGGAGUAUGUGCUCCACAUGUGGAAAAUUCCAGGCAAGGGGGAAGAACAAGGAAGUAUCAAUGCAGACAAACUCACAUCAGCAACUAACCCAGAUAAAGAAAACUCAAUGGCUAUCUCUAUUGUGCUGGACAAAUAUUGUCACCCAAUUGCCUUGCCCAAGCACAGGAUAACAUCAGACCCCCAAGGGGAUAGGACACGAGCUGAAAUGCCUAACCAGCUUCGUAAGCAACUUGAAGAGAUCAUAGCAACUGACCCACUUAAUCCACUUUCUCAUGAGGACAAAGAACUGUUGUGGCACUUUAGAUAUGAAAGCAUAAAGCACCCCAAGGCGUAUCCUAAGCUGCUUAGCUCGGUAAAAUGGGGACAACAAGAAAUAGUGGCCAAAACAUACCAGUUGCUAGCUAAGAAGGAGGUUUGGGAUCAAAGCACUUUAGAUGUUGGACUCACAAUGCAACUUCUGGACUGUAACUUUUCAGAUGAAAAUGUCCGAGCAAUGGCAGUUCAAAAACUGGAAAGUUUAGAAGACGAUGAUGUUCUUCAUUAUCUUUUACAGCUUGUGCAGGCUGUGAAAUUUGAGCCAUAUCAUGACAGUGCAUUAGCCAGAUUUCUGCUAAAACGGGGUUUGAGAAACAAAAGAAUUGGUCACUUCUUGUUUUGGUUCUUAAGAAGCGAGAUUGCCCAGUCCAUGCAUUACCAGCAGAGGUUUGCGGUCAUCUUAGAAGCCUAUCUUAGGGGCUGUGGAAAAGCGAUGCUACACGAUUUCAUGAAGCAGGUUCAAGUAAUUGAAUUGCUGCAUAAAGUCACAAUGGAGAUAAAAUCAGUUUCUGCAGAAAAGUAUGAUGUCACUUCUCAAGUUAUUGCACAGCUGAGACAAAAGCUUGAAAAACUGCAGAGCAGCAAACUUCCAGAAAGUUUUAGAGUUCCGUAUGAUCCUGGGCUAAGAGCAGGAGCCCUAGUAAUAGAAAAAUGUAAAGUAAUGGCAUCUAAGAAGAAGCCCCUCUGGCUUGAGUUUAAAUGUGCAGAUCCAACAGCUCUAUCAAAUGAAACCAUAGGCAUAAUCUUCAAACAUGGAGAUGACCUCCGUCAGGACAUGCUUAUUUUACAGAUUCUUCGAAUUAUGGAAUCCAUUUGGGAAGCAGAAUCCUUGGACCUCUGUUUGUUACCGUAUGGCUGUAUUUCUACAGGGAACAAAAUAGGAAUGAUUGAAAUUGUGAAAGAUGCUACAACAAUUGCUAAAAUUCAGCAGAGUACAGUUGGCAACACUGGUGCAUUUAAGGAUGAAAUACUAAACCAGUGGCUCAAGGAAAGAUGCAUGAUUGAAGAGAAGUUUCAGGCAGCUGUGGAAAGAUUUGUUUAUUCUUGUGCUGGAUACUGUGUGGCAACCUUUGUACUUGGAAUAGGAGACAGGCACAACGACAACAUUAUGAUUACAGAAACAGGUAACCUUUUCCAUAUUGAUUUUGGCCAUAUUCUUGGGAAUUAUAAAAGCUUCCUUGGAAUUAAUAAGGAAAGAGUUCCUUUUGUGCUGACUCCAGAUUUUCUGUUUGUCAUGGGGACUUCCGGAAAGAAGACAAGUCUCCAUUUCCAUAAAUUUCAGGACGUAUGUGUGAAGGCUUAUUUAGCUCUUCGACAUCACACAAACCUGCUGAUCAUCCUGUUCUCCAUGAUGCUAAUGACUGGAAUGCCCCAAUUAACCAGCAAAGAGGAUAUUGAAUAUAUCCGGGAGGCACUGACAGUAGGGAAAAGCGAAGAAGAUGCCAAAAAGCAUUUUCUUGAUCAGAUAGAGGUUUGCAGAGACAAGGGCUGGACUGUGCAAUUUAACUGGUUUUUACAUCUGGUGCUUGGAAUCAAACAAGGAGUAGAAAAGCAUUCUGCUUAGUAUUCUAUGUAAAUUAACUGUGGGUGUGAAUAGGAGGUUAGUGAAUCUACAUGUUAUUUAUGAAUUCUGAAUAAAUGAGCAGUCAAAAUUGCCUUUACUUUGCUGGCAGCUUAAAUGGAUCUUCUAAAAAGGCGAGGACUCUUGCUCUGCCCCUCCAGAAGAUCUUCCUGCAGUUUUGUUUUUUUUUUUUAAUGUCUGAUGACACUUCAAGUUGCUGGAUUCUUUUACCCAGUUGCUUUGCUGAUGUGGCCUGCUUGUUUCUUGUUUUCUUUAGUAAUAAUUACAGAUAAAUAUGAAGGAGGAGCUUGAGUAAGAUGAUAGCCUGCAAAUCCAAAUAGAAAUCCCCUAUGACGUUACCUUAAUUGUUUAUGAGGGUCAAGCCCCUCAAAAGCAGAAGAAUCUAUUUAAAGUCUAUGGUUAUAUUGAAAUCCUUGUAGGCAAUUCACUGCUUUCUGAGGAUGGCUUACACUUGAGUGUUCUUCACCCACAUCCUUCUCUUUCGUCCCUUCCUUAACAUUCAGUUCUUUUGGGAUUUUUAAUAUUUUGCCAGUAGAAAACAGCUUUGGCUCUACCACUAGAGGAAAUUACUGUACUAUUUAUUAUCGUAGCCUCCUGACAUGGACAACUGAGCCUGACUGUCCUGCCAGGAGAACUUCACAGUUACCAGGAAGUUCCUCAGGUUUGAACCUGAAAUUCAGAAGGUUUAAUUUUGAAAGGUUUUUUACUGUACUUUUUAAUGGGGAAUGCCUGUGUUAUAUUACAGAUUCUAUUCUUACUGUAAAGUUCCUAAAAUUCCACCUGUAUAGUAAAAGCUUUGUAGAAAAAGCAAUGGUACUUCCUUAUUCCUCAGAGCAAACUCCUUAUGUAAGAGUAAUUGACAUUUUUACCAAAUAUUUGAGAAACCCAAAGUUAUUUAUUCUUUGGUGAUAUAUUUUCAGGAUAUACCUAGAAGAAAUUAAAUGUAAUCUUCGAAAUCGUGUAUAUUUUGCUAUUUAUUUUUAGAUUCCU